AUGGCGGAGCGGAGCCGCGGCGCUCGGCGGCGGCUGCUGCCGCUGCUGCUGCUGCUCCUGGCCGGCUCCGCCGCCAGCCCGGCGGAGGAGGGCGGCGGGCGGCGGGAGGCGGGCGGCGGGGAGCACGGCGAGGAGGCGGCGCGGCACCACGACUCCUCGUACGGCACCUUCGCCAGCGAGUUCUACGACCUGCGCUACCUCUCAGAGGAGGGUUACCCUUUCCCUACUGCUCCUCCUGUGGACCCAUUCGCAAAAAUCAGAGUGGAUGACUGUGGAAAAACCAAGGGAUGCUUCAGGUAUGGUAAGCCUGGAUGCAAUGCAGAGACUUGUGACUACUUUCUAAGUUACCGCAGAAUUGGAGCUGAUGUUGAAUUUGAGUUGAGUGCUGACACAGAUGGCUGGGUGGCAGUGGGAUUUUCCUCAGACAAGAAAAUGGGAGGAGAUGAUGUCAUGGCUUGUGUUCAUGAUGACAACGGAAGAGUCCGAAUACAACACUUCUACAAUGUUGGUCAGUGGGCUAAAGAAAUCCAGAGAAAUCCUGCUAGGGAUGAGGAGGGGGUUUUUGAAAACAACCGUGUAACGUGUCGAUUCAAGCGUCCUGUCUAUGUUCCCCGAGAAGAAACCAUCGUGGAUUUGCACUUGAGUUGGUAUUACCUGUUUGCUUGGGGCCCAGCAAUCCAGGGUUCUAUAACUCGUCAUGAUAUCGACUCCCCACCCGUGUCAGAGCGCGUUGUCAGCAUUUACAAGUAUGAAGAUAUUUUCAUGCCUUCGGCUGCCUAUCAGACCUUCUCCUCUCCAUUCUGCUUGCUCCUCAUUGUUGCACUGACCUUCUAUUUAUUGAUGGGAACCCCAUGACCAAUGGCAAAUAGCAAGAAUUUGGCAGUGGAAGUUUCUCAGGAUGGACGGCUAUAUGGAUGGACAAUGCAUUUUUCUUUUGGAAUUUAUAUCACAUCACCAUCCUCAUCUAGCUGCUUUUGAACAUAGUUAGCUUCUCAGAAGAGUGAAAUAACCAUCUCCCUUGAGUGGCAGAGUGGUGACAAAUCAUUUAAGAAAAUCAGUGAACACAUAGGAGAAUAUUUUCAGUGUUGUGAUUACUUGCUUAAGGAAAAUGAGACUUUUGUAAAAUCAAUGUGUGUACAUGUGUGUUUGUGUGUUUGGGAGGGGUGCCUGUAUGUGUGUUCAGAUGAAUUUAGUGAUGGACAUCUUAUCAAAUAACAAAAUUGCCUUCCAAAUUGCUAGAAAAAGCAAAUUUGGGAAAACACUGCAAUGCUGUUAGGUACUUCUAAAGCAGAGAGCACAACUCCAAGUACAGUUUCUAAUAUUAAGACCUGGAAACCAAUACAGCAGUAUAAAAACUGCACUUCAGUAGUGGAUAGUUCUCCCAAUCUAUUUUUUCUUUUUUUUUUUUUUAAUAUUUAUCAAAGUGUACUUGCUGUAGUACUUUCCAAAACUAAACUUGCAUAUUCAAGCAUUAGCAUGAUUUUUUUUUUCAACAGAAAUAGGUGAUGAAUGUCUUUAUUGUGUUUCAAUAGCCUUUUUGAAAGAAAUGUCUACUUCUUUUAAGAGUGAGAUAUAAAGUAAUUUAAACAAGGGGACGGGAGAAUAAAGCAAUAUAAAUUCUCCAUAUACUGGAAAACCAGCUGUAAAACAUGCAGAAUAUAAAAGUUCCCAACAAGCCAUAGGAUGUCCUCCUAAUAGAUUAAAUAAUUUUUUCUCUUUUUAUGAAAAAAAAGCAAUUUUGCUGACAUGUAAAUACAUUUUAAGUAAUUGUUCAGUGGUAUGAAGUAAUCUCUUUUUCUGUGUUGUAUGCCACUAAAUCCUGUUCAUGUUAAGGGUGACUUUGGGCAGCUGGUGUAAUCUUACAAAGAAAUAUAAAUGAGAUUACUUGUAAGAAAAGACAGGGAUUAAUAAGAACAGCAGUAUCUUUUGUUCAUCAAACCACUGCUAAAAUAUAGGUAUUGUGGAAAAAGAUGAGCUAAAAAGGAAAUACAUUAGCUGUUUUCAUCACCAAUAAACAGUACAAGAGGAAUGCUAAAAUUUACAGAGAUGAAAAGUGUCAAAAUGCAUUUAUGAGCCACAGACUAUAACAAAAACUUGGAGUGAAGAAUUUCUGUUCUUUACAUAAUAGGAAGUGUAUGACACGUUUACAUAUAGCAGUCAAAUGUGCUUAGGUAAGGUUACUCAUUCACUUUCCAACUUACACUCAAAUUCUACUUAAGUAGAAUUGAAGUCUAACUAGUGCCAAAGUUUUAUCUAAUGUGAUACACUCGAGGACUCUCUAACAUAGAAUCUGAUCAAGUAUAUGUAAUGCAACUCUUUUCUAUUCUCAUUGCUGCAUGGAGUAUAAAAUGAUUAAUUAGCUUG